AUGGUCUCUAGCAAGCCAUUUACUGUUGGCAAUCGGCAGCCAUGGACCACGCUUGCCACACAAGAAACGAGGCCUUCCCAAGAGACCAACAUCUCAGAAGCUGACAAAAUCACAAAAGCACAAGAACUCCGAGACUUCAUCAUUGAGAUAGCAGCAGAUGUCCACCAGCUCGAAAAAUUCUACAACGUCAACCUUUCCGCCACGAGAGUCCAGCGUCUUGGCGAAUACGUGUCCCAGCACGCGACUGCCUUGUUCACUCAUUUCGCUCCAUUCGACGACUUGACUCAAGAUGCCAAGGUGGAUUUCCUACUCAUUCAUGCUUGGAUUUUCAAUAAGCUGCGCACUCUCAGGACAGAAUGGACUCAGCUGAGCGAUUUGAAACCAUUGCUCGGAGACUGGGUGCCAGGAUUGGUUGAUUUGUGCGAACGCAGGCAAAAGGUCGUACCCACGGAAGGCAAAUACGCUGGUCAGGUACUAUCAGACGCUAUCAAAGCUGUCGAUGCUCUCUCCACGGAGAUUCAGAAAGGCAAGUUCAAGAUGGAAGAUAACCGCUUUGGCGCAUAUCGUGCUGCGCUGCAACUAGAAGAUCUGGGCAAACGCCUCACAGAGUGGUACGAAUUCUACUCUGGCUACGACCCUCUGUUCACGUGGUGGACUUCAAAGCCUUGGCACGACUUUUCCCAAAAGCUAGUCUCCUUCGUUGCUGUCAUACGACAGUACCUGGUUGGCAUCAAGCCUGGCGACGACGACGCUAUCGUCGGACAGCCGAUCAGCAAGGAGGGUAUCGACGCAGAGUUGUUGACAGAGUUCAUCGCAUAUUCCCCGGAAGAAAUUAUAGCAAUUGGCGAGAAGCAGUAUAAGUGGUGCGAGAAAGAAGCUAUCAAAGCUUCACAAGAAAUGGGAUUUGGCGAUGACUGGCGCAAGGCCCAGGAGAAGGUCAAGAACAUGUACGUUGAGCCGGGUCAACAGACGAACAUGGUUCACGAAUUGGCCCAAGAAGCUGUGGAUUAUGUGGAAAAGUACGACAUGGUCACUCUGCCAGAAAUUGCCAAGGAGUGUUGGAGAACUUUCAUGAUGAGUCCCGAACGACAGAAAGUCAAUCCAUUCUUCCUAGGCGGCACAUCGAUCAUUGUGUCCUAUCCAACAGAUACCAUGUCGCACGAGGACAAGCUCAUGGUGAUGCGAGGGAACAACAGGCCGUUCUCGAGAUCUACGGUGUUUCACGAGCUACUCCCGGGACACCAUCUUCAAUACCACUACAUGGCCCGCAGUAAACAACAUCGAAAUAUGUUCCAAACACCUUUCUGGAUCGAAGGAUGGUCGUUUUACUGGGAGCUGAUUCUCUGGGAUCGCGGCUUUCCAGGGACUCCCGAAAACCGUCUCGGCAUGCUGUUCUGGCACAUGCAUCGCUGUGCGCGCAUCGUUUUCUCCUUGAAUUUUCACCUGGGCAAGUGGACGCCUCAGCAGUGCAUUGACUACCUGGUUGAGAAAGUGGGCCACGAGCGAGCGACGGCCGAAGGGGAAGUCAGGCGGUCGUUCAACGGAGAAUACGGUGCGUUGUACCAAGCUGGCUAUAUGCUUGGAGCGCUGCAGCUCUAUGCUUUGAGGAAAGAGAUUGUAGACGCCGGCGAGAUGACGGAAAAGCAGUUUCAUGAUCGUGUCAUGAAAGAGAACAAUAUGCCAAUUGAGCUGUUGCGAGCGCUUCUGAAGGGCGGAAAGCUUGAAGUGCGUCAGAAGCCUAGCUGGAAGUUCUAUGACUUGUGACUGCAUUGACUUCAUGUGCGUUCGUGCUCAAGCUUGUGAGUCCGAGUCUGCAUGUGAGGUCGAAUCUGCAUGUGAGCUCGAGUCUGCAUGUGAGUGUGGCGCAGCUUUGAUGGACUUUAUUUAAACUCGCUUCGCGCAUCACUACGAGACGGCGAAGACGUGAGUCUUCUGUCGCAAGCCUGACAAAACCUCAAGCGAGCCGGCAUCACGUCAUAUCUCAGCCUGGGACACGCCGAUGAGCGCAACUUCCAUCCAGACAGAAAUCGCAAUGGAGUGCGGACGAAUUCCAAGGUCGCCCAUCUUUCGGAUACCGCCACAUCGAGCAGUGCAUCGAAACCUCCAUAGUCGAUUACCACGACCUGCUCUUCAAGGCCAGCUACACCGACCACCCAGCCUCAACCCGACUGACUAAUCUUACACAAGCCAUCGCAAGAUCAGAGUACCCACGCACAACUCUCCACCUCCGCGAACCCCAUCUCACGCAAUGCGAACUCAGAGAAUUCCACCAUGGCACCUUAGAACUCUCUUCGCGGUCUGCCUCCCCUCCCUCAAAACCCUUGCAAUUAACCCAUUUCCGCACCAAUCACGCAUGUGAAAAGCCAUGAGCACCGCAACAUCUCACCCUCACAUUCAACCCACCCCGACCACUACGCCCCUUCGACUCCGCAUCAAACCUCAUCAUCGAAUACACAAAAGCCCGGGUCUGCAAACGACGAUCCUCCCCUCACCACCACUGCAAAACACCGAAGCACUUACGUCGAUUUCGUGCACGAGAGGGAGGAGAGGUGGCGGAAGCUUUUGGGCUUUCUUGCGGAGGAGUUGACAUGUGUUGAGCACUUCUAUCUUCAGGCACAGGAUAUGGGUUGUGGGAUUGCGGCUAGUGGAUGAGGGGUUGGGAGUUUGAGGGUGGGGGGGGUUUGAGGGAGUUUGGGGAGACGGUGAGGUUUCCGGAGGUGGAGGAGGAGGAGUGAUGAGACUGAACUUGGAGAGGAGAGGAGAGGAGAGGAGAGGAGCAAAGUUAUGAUGCGUAAGGUAGAGGAGAAUAGGUACGACGGUAAUGCAUGCCAAAGCUCAAUUCAAUCACAUCACAUCGCAUCCACAAAAUCUUCAAGAUUCCUCCGAUCCCUCCCUUCAUCAUCGGACAGGCAAAUGCCAAAUCAUAAGAACCAGUGACAGCCCAGCAUACACCAAACCACCCAGCACCUUCAACCAGGACGUCGAACGAAUCAAGGUAUCAUCUCAUCAGAAAAAAUUAAAUCAUCUCCUCCCAAUUACAUUCAAAAAAAAAACGCAAAUCCAAAGCAAAGCGCUAAACAAAAAAAAUGUGCGUUUUCCUCGCAAAUCAUGGUGCAUACAUCAUCCUUUCGUUCCAUUCCAUCCGUCCAUCCGUCAAAUCCGUCCGUCCGUUGGGUAUCUCUCAUGAAACGUUUCAGAAAAAAAAGAGGCAAAUUAGAAGAAGAAAGAGCCUCCGCACCAUAAUGCAAAAUUGAGUCCCCCCCAAAACCAAAGUUAACGUGUUCGUGUGCGGUGCGUUUCUUCGUGUUCCAAAGGAGAUGGAUGUUCGUUACUUCGUGAGUGUGCUCGUUUCGUUACAUAGGGAAAUGAAGAGGUGGUGGUGGGAAUGCAGUUUAGAGUUGGGAUGUGGGAUGCGAGGUCGGUUAUGUGGAGCGCGACAACUCGCAAGAUCACUCUACGAUCGAUGUUCCGCUCGACUGCCUUCAGAGGUAGCGACGGCGACGAGGGCCUCGAGCUUCGCCAUAUCGUUGUUGGGCGGCUGACUGUAGCCGCUUUGAGUGAAGCGUGGAUCGUGACCGCUCUGAAGCGCGUAGGUCUGAGGCGGCUGAGCUUGCUGCUGUGGCGACGUUUGUACAUAGGUCUGAUAGCCUGAAUCAGUCCUCAUACGAUCCUCCUUAUGCUGCACGUGGCUGCUCUGAUUGGAGUUGUAGUAUACCUUCUGCUCAUCCGAAGUGAUAGCAGUUCCCGGCGGGUAUUGGUGUUCGGCAGGCACGCCAGGAUUGACGAUAACAGGGUUGUACUCGGUCGCUUGCGAUGUCGAGGGUGUUGGGACGCCGUCGCUGCUGCCCGAAUCUUCAGGUGAAGGGCGGUGAGGCAUGUACACACCUCCAGGUACACCACCUUGAUGAGGUGUGAUGGGUCCACCGUACCAGGCAUUGCGCUUAUGCUUUCGAGGAGUGACCGGGCCUUCUGGCAUUGACAUGUGCUUUGGUUGAACACAUUGAUGCGGAGGUGCCUGAGGAUGGUAGUAGGCCGUCUGUUGAGGCGGCGGCACCUGCUGUACCUGCCACUGUCCUUCGACUGGUGCAUUGGCGGCAGUAAUGUCAAGCCUGGUCAGACCCUGCUGCAAUUCUCUUCCAGAGCUCGUGGGUCUUGGCGACGAAUCGAUCACCAUAGCAUCCGGCUGUCGUGUGCUUGGUGGCGGAGCAUGAUCGAAGCUUUCGAUCCCUGGUAGUCGUGUCAUCUGACUGGCCGCCUGCUGUUGGGUGAACGCAGGUCUUGGCUCGUCAGGAGUUUGAUGAUACGUCAACCCGCUCGUGGCUGGUCGCU